GGGCUCGAUUUGUUUUUGGUGAAUAUCGAUUUUAAAAUUGAAAAGUUGGUUUUGUAUUUGUUGUUUACAAUAUUAACUUAAAUUAUGUCCAGUUUCUGGGACAGACCCUUUGGACAAAAUCAAUAUAUAGCUGCAUUUUUUGCAUCACUUGGCGCACUAAGUGUAGGUGCCACGGUGGGCUGGUCAGCGCCGGCACAGCACGAUAUUAUGGAAAAAAAAAUAUUUGGCUUUGCAGUGACUCUUAGUGAAUACGCUUGGGUAUGCUCCGUGUCCAGUUUGGGGUCCAGCUUUAUGGCAAUGCCAGCAGGACCAUUGGCCAAUUGUAUGGGCCGCAAGCUAAUUACUUUGUUGAUGGUACCACCAUUUUUGGCAGGAUGGGCAAUUUUAAUAUUUUCAAAAAAUCUGUACAUGCUAAUAGCAGGGCGCUUCUUGCAAGGAUUCAGCUGUGGUUGCUAUUUUAUAACGAUACCCAUGUACUGUUCAGAAGUGGCCCAAGUUGAAGUAAAAGGAUACCUUGGCAAUUUCUUUAUGAUCUUCUUUGUGCUGGGCAUCGUUUAUGCAUAUAUAAUGGGAUCAUUUUUUGAUUUUCGUUAUUUGAAUUACGGUUGCGCCAUAUUGCCAGCAAUAUUUCUGGUGACCUUCAUCUGGAUGCCGGAGUCGCCAGUGUAUUAUUUGCUCAAGAAUAAAAAGCAGAAGGCGUUACGAUCGCUACGAUGGUUGCGCGGAAGCAGUUUUAAUGCUAUUCUGGAAAUUGAUCGCAUGGAGCAGGAUAUUUUAGCAAUGCGGGAGGACUAUGCAAAUACCUGCCAAAGAUUACAACAAACUGGAACAUUAAAGGGAUUAUUUAUUUGCAUCGUACUAAUGUUUUUCCAGCACUUUUGUGGCAGCAAGGCAAUCAUCACCUAUGCCGCAUUCAUUCUCAUUGAAACGGACGUGAGCUCCCAAGUGACUGUCGAGCUGUCCACUAUUUUUGUGGGUGUAGCAUUUUUUCUGUCUACCAUAAUUUCGCUGCUCGAAUGUGCUGGUCGUCGGCCGUUGUUAAUUUGGUCUGUGUUCUUAGUCAUACUCAAUUGUGCACUGUACGCAAUGUACUUCAAUCUUAAGGAUAACAAAGUGGACUAUUUGGAUUCCCUGACCUGGCUGCCCCUGUCCAGCAUGUGCUGCUUCACAUUCUUCUUUGGCCUGGGCCUGGGCGUUCUGCCGUUUGUCAUAAUAAGGGAUCUAUUUCGGCUGCAUGCUGAAGUUGUUGGCUCUGGCAUUGUGUGGACCAUUGCUCAUUUAUUUGGAUUUCUCAGCACCAAAAGUUUUCCCAUAACACUGGAAAUCUUUGGCAUGGCAAUAUCCUUUUGGUCUUUUGUAGCUAUUUCAUGUUUAUCGUUGCUGUUUGUGUUCUUCUUUGUGCCCGAGACCAAGGGCAAGACAAAUGAGGAAAUUCAAAGUUUAUUGAAUUCUAAGAUUGUACAAUAAAUAUGUGUUCUGAUCAGA